GUUCGAGAAUGGGGUGGCCGGUCUUAUCACAUCGAGCGCUUACGUGGCCGUCGAGAUUCAAUUCAUGUUGGUUAGGCUCGAGGUAGAAGCGGCAGGCCCAACUGAAGGCUGCCAAGUCCUCGAUGGAUCACUGGCGGACGCAGGCUCAUUUCCCUGCCUCUUCACGGGGUCCUUGGGGGGGGUGCUCGUUGACGGCAGAGCACAGGGUGGCGAGGACGGGCCCGCCGAAGCCACCCAUGGCGACGUCGUGUUUGGCUCGGAGAUCGGGCUAGGUCUGCCUGCGCUGGCGUGCUCUCGGGUCGCACCUCGGGGCCUCUGGCGGCCCAUCCCUGGACGCUCGGGGGGGGGCGCGGCCGUCCUGGAGGGCACCCCGAGGCCCCCGCGCGCCAUGCUGCCCCGCGCCGGCGCCCUCCGCGCCUCCCGCGCCGCCCUCCUGCUGCGGGGUAGGCCGCCGCGGCCGCCCAGCGCCCCCCGCCGCGCCGCGCGCGGCGCGGCGGGCGGCGGCGGCGGGCCCGGCCUCGGCGGCGCCGCGGGCAGCGCGCCCGCCGCGCGGGCGGCUGCCGCGGGGGCGGCCGCCGCGCAGCCCGCCGGCGCGGCGCUGGUCGCGCCGGCGCCGUGCCCGGAGGAGCUGCGGGCGCUGGCGCGGCACCCGCGGAUGGCCUCGCUGGAGGUCUGCACGGCCACGGGCGCCGCGACGCUGCACACGUGCCGCCGCGGGCGCCGCAAGGUGCACGUGCCGCUGCCCGAGCUGCGGGGCAGGAUGCGGGCCUGGGGCUGGGAAGGGCAGAACUGCCACCGGCCCGUCCUGCUCUUCGGCGACAGCCCGGCCGAGGUCCGAAGCGCCCAUGGCGUGCUUCUGGAGGAGGGGUUCACAGCCGUGCGCGACGCCCGCACCAAGGCGGCGGUGCUGGCGGCUCUGAGUGCGCGCGCCGCCGCUGGCGCCACGGGCAGCUGGCUGCUGGCUGCAGGGCGCGCGGAGUGGCGAGGAUUCUGGGCCGCGAACCCAACGGCCACUCUGCUUCCCACGCAGACUUUGCCCGCUGGGAAGCGGGCCACGAGCGCGAUCGAGUGGGGCGGCGGCGAGGCCGACCUGCUCUCAG